AUGUCUGUCUACGAAGAGAAGGUUGGCGUCAGCGAGCUCGAGCGCGUCGACUCCGCCGAGUCCAAGCUCAACAAUGAUCGCAUUAACACAUUUACUCCUGAGGAGCAGAAGAAGAUCAUCCGCAAGGUCGAUCUUCGUCUGAUUCCUACUCUCGGCUUCAUGUACUGUGUGUCAUUGAUGGACAGGACAAACCUGGGUGUCGCCAUGGUUGCCGGUAUGGGUACCGAUCUCAAGCUCACCGGAGAGCGUUACAGCAUUGUCGUGCUCUUAUUUUUCAUCACAUACGUCGCUCUGCAGCCCCCUGCCACCGUCGUCCUCCGCAAGCUCGGUCCUCGUCUUUUCCUCCCGUUGAUCGUCAUCAUCUGGGGAGCAGUCAUGAUUGGCUUCGGUUUCGUCAAGGAGUGGCACACUCUCAUCCCGCUCCGUCUCCUCCUCGGUAUCUUCGAGGCUGGCUUCUUCCCGGGCGCAGCCUAUUUGCUUAGCACGUGGUACCAGCGCUAUGAGCUGCAAAAGCGCAACACCGUUUUCUUUCUUAUCGGUAUGCUGUCGUCUGCUUUCUCCGGCAUCCUCGGCUACCUCUUCUCUCUCCUCCAGGGUCACGGCAUUCAGGCUGCCCCCUGGCUCGGCGUUCACUACGGUCCUACCAAGGCGAAGCCUACCACUCCUGUCUCCUUCGGUCCCGGUCUGUCUGGCUGGCGCUGGAUCUUCAUACUCCAGGGUGUCAUCACUGUAAUCAUCGGCUUCAUCGGAUGGUUCUACAUCGUCGACUUCCCUGAGCUCGCUCACAAGCCUGGUAUGGGCAAGAAAUUCCUCAACAAGGCCGAGGUCGACUUCAUUGUUGCUCGCAUUGAGCAGGAUCGCCAUGACGCACUACCAGAGGAAUUCAACAUCAAGAAGUACUUGAAGAACGCCCUUGACCUCAAGGUGUGGGGCUUUGCCGUCAUCUUUAUGCUCACCACGACGAUGACAUACGCGAUCGCUUACUUUCUCCCGAUCAUCCUCAAGGAUGGUAUGGGCUUCAGCACUGCUGCCUCGAACUGUCUCAUUGCUCCCCCUUACAUCUUUGCUGGGUUCGUCAUGCUUGGCUUUGCCUGGGCUGGUGACAAGUAUCAUCUGCGCUCGCCGUGGGUCAUUGCCAACGGUGUCUUGGCUCUCAUUGGACUCCCCAUGAUCGGUUUCUCCGACAACGUUGGUGUCCGCUACACCGGUGUAUUCCUUGCAACUGCCGCAGCUAACGCCAACGUCCCCGUUGUCCUCACAUGGCAGGCAAACAACAUCCGUGGCCAAUGGAAACGCGCUCUUUGCUCUGCUACCCUCGUCGGCGCUGGCGGUAUCGGUGGUAUUGUUGGUGGCACAGUGUUCCGCACUCAGGACAAGCCUCACUACGUCCCUGGUGUCACUGCUUGCAUGAUAGCUGCUGGCCUCAUCGUUGUCAUUGCUCUGCUCAUGGAUUUCAAGUUCUGGAGGGCCAACAAGCGCGCCGAGGCUGGCGGUAAGAUCAUUGAGGGUCUAGAGGGCUUCAGAUACACCUUGUAA